AUGUCCACAGCCGGCUUUUUCCAGUGGCCUCAGUGGGCGUCUGUUUGCUGUUUGGGUCUACUGAGCUGUCUUUUGCUCUUGCACAGUUUUGAAAUGUAUAUGCUGCGAAGGCCUAGGCAUGCGCUUGGCAAUGUUACAAAAGACAAAUCUUUUGCCAAGUUUCAAAAGCAGUAUCUGGUUGUUUACGGGCUAGUCAUGUUUGCUGAUUGGCUGCAGGGUACGCACAUGUACAGCUUGUAUCAGAGCUACAAUAUGAAUGUCAGCACGCUAUUUCUGACAGGAUUUGUGUCAUCCUUGCUUUUCGGUAAAUUUGUUGGAAUAUUGGUCGAUAAAUACGGACGGCGGAACGCAUGCUUCAUGUAUUGUAUAUUAGAGAUCAUUAUUAAUUUAUCCGAAGAAGUACCAAUUAUGGCUGUGCUCAUGGUUGGAAGAGUCCUCGGUGGAAUUUCGACAUCACUUCUUUUCUCAUCGUUUGAAAGCUGGAUGGUUUUUGAGCAUCGAAGACGAGGUUUUGCAGAAUGUUUGAUGGGAGAAACGUUUGCACUUGGGUCCGAAAUUAAUGGAAUUGUAGCAGUGCUUGCUGGGUUUGCCGCUCAGCUAGCCGCUGAUAUUUCCGGAAGUAUUGGUCCAUUCCGAGCGGCAGUUAUUGUGACUGCCAUUGCUGCAUUAAUUAUAGUCUCUUGGCCUGAAAAUUAUGGAGCGAUGGUCGAAUAUAAACAGAAGAAUGCCUGCGUGACUGAGGAUAAAUUCAGCCGAGAUGAAAUUGUCUUGACAAACAAUUCGUACGCUUUAGGUAUAUGCUAUUCACUUUUUGAGGGAGCGGUGUACGUCUUUGUGUUUUUGUGGUUUCCCUCCCUACAGGCAGUCGUGCCAAAUGGAGAUAUGCCAGGUGGGCUAGUUUUUUCGUGUUUUAUGUUGUGCAUCGCAAUCGGUGGCAAGCUUUUCUCUGUGAUUAGCAAUUUUGGCAUCCGUGAAGAGAUGUUGUUGCUAGCAACUACUGCUGCAUCUGUUGUUGCGCUACUUAUACCAACAGUUUCAAACGAUUAUCGAUGGAUUUUAGGUGGAUUUCUGGUCUUUGAGAUUUGCGUUGGACUGCAAUCACCAUGUUGCGCAACCCUGCGCGGCAAAUAUUUCUCAAUCACAAAGGAUUGGCGGCUCAAGCUACUUUGCAAGCAGUCAACUCUACUUUGGAUGUAG